AUGACAAAAACGACAAAAUGCUUUGUCUCGACAGCGAAAGGCAAGAAGAAAGCCACUCGCAUCACAAAGGACGAAGCGCACGCUGGCUCCAAAAUAUAUCGCUCUAUUUGCAUUCAAACCGAUGAUGGAGCGCAGCCCUCCAUCAAAGGGAUAUUUGGAAAGGAGUGGUGUUCCAGUUUGUGGGAUCGGAGGAACGAGUCUAGAGAAGAUGAGCUAGCGAUCGAUGUCGACCUGUACAGUGUAUCGCCUUAUAAGCACAAAGAACAAGAGCACUCCAACCUGGUCAUAAUCAAAGAGGAGUGUUUUGAAGUGGACACUUAUCCCGGGUAUACAGCAAAAACACCUCAAGCUUCAAGAGGACAGCUACCAUCUCCUGCAUAUGAGCCACUGGCCGAAGCAAGAAGUUUCGAUGGUCAUUUUGUGUCUGGUGAAUUUUCAGAGAUAUCGGAAAUACAAAACGCAUCCUCCGAUUCAUCAGAUAAACACUCUACUGAUGAAGCUGUCGACCAGUUAAUAGCACCAAUAGAAGAUCCAUUGGAAUUUGAUGGCCACUGUAUACUCAACCAAUUUUCAGUAGAGCACAACGGCCAGUUUCCCUCUGAUGCUCAGGAGGAUGAAGAAGCAGAGGAAAUAUACGAGGACGAGGACGCCGCAACUACGACAGAACAUUAUGAAAAGAGAGUCAGGGGACAGAAGCCGCCAAACAACUUUAACUGCUAUGACGGCGGGAAGGCGCUUGUUCGACAAAACGCUUCUAAAAACCGUCUCAGAAAACAUCGAUUUUCAAGGUUGAAACCAAACGAAAAGUUUCGGUGUGAGAUCUGCGGGAGAUGUUUUCAUUCAAACACCAAUCUCUCGGUUCACUAUUUAGUCCACACAGGCGAACGGCCCAAUAAAUGCAGUUUUUGCGGAAAAGGCUUCUCCCAGAAAGGAAAUUUACAAGCUCACGAACGCAUCCACAGAGGAGAAAGACCUUUUAGUUGCGUCACCUGCGGAAGGAGUUUCACCCAGAAAGUUAGCCUAUCUAAUCACGAACGCAUCCACAGAGGAGAACGACCCUUUACUUGUAUAACCUGUGGAAAGGGUUUCACCCAGAAAGUCACCCUCCAACAACACCUUGUCGUCCAUGACAGAACAGCUAAACCAGUCAGGAGGAAACCAAGGAAGAAUCACCGUGAUAUAAAUUACAGCUUUAUGUAGCACACUUCUUUUAGUUAUUUCUCAAUUUGAGAUUGCAGUAGCUGUUUAGAAUGAAAUACGAACAGUUGGAGAUGUGAGGUUGCAGAACCUUAAAAAGAACGUCUCUGUGUGUAAUACUGUAGAUUGUAGCAGAAAUAUAUAGUCAGGUAUGGCUGUGUAUUACUCAGUAAUGUAGUUGUUAUUCCACCAAUUUGUUCCUUCUGUUAAACCAAAGGCACAGCCUUUUUGGUGGUCUUUGACAUCUGGGCUAAACUUUAAAAAUAAUUAAGAUUUUUAAAUGUUUUCUUAAGAAGUCUGCACAAAUUUCAACACUUCAGUAACACUUCAGUAACACUUCAGUAAAUACCGCAAUAUUGUGAAAUAUUAUUACAAUUUAAUAUAUUAAGAAAUGUAAUUUAUUCCUGUGAUGCACAGCUGAAUUUUCAGUAUCAUUACUCCAGUCUUCAUGAUCCUUCAGAAAUUAUUCAAACAAAAGACUGGAGUAAUGAUGCUGAAAAGUCAGCCUUGCCAUCACAGAAAUAGAAUUAUUUUAAAUUGUAGAAUUAUUUCAGAAUUUUGCUGUUUUCUACUGUAUUUUUGGUCAAAUACAGUUGAGGUCAAAAGUUUACACACACAAAUGUUAUUUAUUUUACCAAAAUAAGAGGGUUCAUACAAAAUGCAUGUUAUUGUUUAUUUCACAAUAAAGACAUUUACAUAUAGUCCACAAGAGAAAAUAAUAGUGGAAUUUGAGAUCCAUGUUUUCACACUGAGGACAACUGAGGGACUCAUAUGCAACUAUUAUAGAAGAUUAAAAUGCUCGCUGAUGCUCCAAAAGGAAAACGGUGCAUUAAGAGGGGGUGAAAACUUCUGAACAGAAUGAAGAUAUAUAUAUACAUUUAUCUUAUUUUGCCUAAAUAUCACUUUUUUUUUUAUUUAGUACUGCCCUUCAGAAGCUACUGAAGAUACUUGCAUUUUC